CGCCCGCCCGCCGCUAUGUGCCGGUCACAGCCUCCUGGGGCGGCCUCUGCCUCUCCCCUAUGCCGGUGGCUGACAGGCCUGGCGGCUUCCCCUGCCGGAGGGUCUGACCCCGGCGUGGCCUGCCCGGUGACGGGCCUGAUGCCAAAGCCCAAAGCCCAGAUCCUGGGGAGUUCGGGGAAGGGGGUUGUCCGGGGUAGAGGGUUGCGGUUGUCGCCCUGGCCGCAGCCCUCUGCUCAUCUCAGCAGUGUUGUACGUGUGAGUGGUGAUUCCUUGCCGAGCGUGAAAGCUCCCACAUCAACGCAAAAUAUCAGGAGACUCCCAGAUGAAGAUGUUGAAACCAGAGAAGAUGAAGAACAAAACAUCAAAUUGACUGAAAUUUUGGAGUUGCUGGUGGCAGCUGGGUAUUUCAGGGCAAGAAUCAAAGGGUUAUCACCCUUUGAUAAGGUAGUUGGUGGCAUGACCUGGUGCAUCACUACUUGCAGCUUUGACAUUGAUGUUGAUCUAUUGUUUCAGGAAAACUCUACAAUUGGUCAGAAAAUUGCCUUAACAGAGAAAAUUGUGUCUGUCUUACCAAAAAUGAAGUGCCCCCAUCGUUUGGAGCCGCAUCAGAUCCAGGGACUGGAUUUCAUUCACAUAUUCCCUGUUGUACAGUGGCUGGUGAAACGUGCAAUAGAAACUAGAGAAGAAAUGGGAGACUAUAUCCGCUCCUAUUCCAUAUCCCAGUUUCAGAAAACUCGUAGUCUACCAGAGGAUGACGAGUUUAUGCAAAGGAAAGAGAAGGCUAUCAAAACAGUUACCAAUAUCUUUGAGGUUUAUAAACCCCAGAGAAAAUACAAACGUCAGGAUGGAGCAGAAGAGCUGCUAGAUGAGGAAUCUAAGGUUCAUGCCACACUUUUGGAAUAUGGCAGAUUUACUGACUCUUUACUGAGGUAUGGAUUUAGCAGACAAGCAGGCAAAAUGGAGAAGGCUGAAGACAAAAAAAUGGUACUAUCUCAAGGACUUGCAGCGGCAGGAAAGGCUGAUGCCUAUGAUGAUGACGACCUUCAAGCUGCUGAAGAGCUUCGCAUUAAAACACUGAUGACUGGAAUGGCUGCAAUGGCAACAGAAGAGGGCAGGUUAACAGCUAGCACAGUAGGUCAGAUUGUUGGACUCCAAUCUGAUGAGAUCAAGCAGAUAGUGUCGGAGUAUGCUGAAAAGCAAUCUGAGCUUUCUUCUGAGGAGCGUCCAGAAAGACUAGGAGCUACCCAGCAGCACCGAAGGAAAGUGGCAUCACUAAACAAGCAAAUCUCGCAGAAAACCAAACUUUUGGAAGAGUUGCAAGCUAAAUGUGCUGACCUGCAAGCAGGCUGUAGUGAAGCAAAGAAGACAUUAACUGAGGUUAAGAGUUACAGUGAUAAAUUGGACAAGGAGCUGGCAGCCUUAGAAACGGUGGAAUCCCAAGCAGAUUCUAGCAUAUUGCAGAACCUACGAGCACUGGUGGCUAUGAAUGAAAAUCUCAAAAGUCAAGAGCAAGAGUUCAGAGCUCAUUGUAGGGAAGAGAUGGCACGCCUACAGCAAAAUAUUGAGAGUUUGAAAGCCGAAGCAGAGGAAAAUGGGGAAGAAAAGGAACCUAAUAAGAUUAUAGACCAGCAAUACAAAACUGAAAAAGAUAAGCUUCAAAAGAUCAGACUAUUACUGGCCCGAAGAAAUAGAGAGAUAGCUAUUUUACAACGCAAGAUUGAUGAGGUACCCAGCAGAGCGGAGUUAACUCAGUAUCAGAAGAGAUUUAUCGAACUUUAUGGUCAGGUGUCAGCAACUCACAAAGAAACCAAGCAGUUCUUUACCCUCUAUAAUACAUUGGAUGAUAAGAAGGUAUAUUUGGAAAAAGAGGUUAACUUGCUGAACUCAAUUCAUGAUAAUUUCCAGCAAGCAAUGGCCUCUUCUGGUGCUCGUGAGCAGUUUCUGCGGCAGAUGGAACAGAUUGUAGAAGGAGUUAAACAGAAUCGAAUGAAGAUAGAAAAGAAGAAACAAGAAAACAAAAUGCGAAGAGACCAGUUAAAUGAUGAAUACCUGGAACUGCUAGAGAAACAGAGGCUUUACUUUAAAACGGUGAAAGAAUUUAAAGAGGAGUGCCGUAAGAAUGAAAUGCUGCUAUCCAAGCUGAAAGCCAGUUCUUCCUGAGGAACUCCUCUAGCCAGUGAAUUUUAGAAUUGAUUGUUCGGUCCAUAAAUUGAAUACUUUCUGUGGUAACAGUGAUAACUGCAAUGCCUAGAUACAUGUAUAUUGCUAUAUAAGUCUUUAUUUUUCAAUCUGUAGUCUGUUCUACAUUACUUUGUCCAGUGGCUGUUUAUUCUUGAUCACCUCCAUUACACAGUAAAGAGUUAAUGCAGUAGUAAAUUAGGAAUGUUGUCUAAUUUUAUUUAUUUGUUUUUCACAAUGAAGAUAGGAUUAUUUUGUACUUUGGAUUUAAUACUGCACUAUUCUAACUUCAGGACAAUAUAUAUAUGUAUUGUAAUUUUGUAACUUACUCGAAAAAAUAAAUCCAGACACCAUGAAGAGAGAGUGUAGUAAAUAAGCAGUGAUUUGAUAAAUUUAGCCUAAAAGUGAAACAGAAAAAAUUUGUUUUCACUUUUUUUCACCUGCUAAGAAGCCAGAUUUUACUUUAGUUUUACAUUUUAGCCAUAGAUAAGAUUUCAGACAAUAAGAAAUGUGAAGCCUGGUGGUUAAGACUCAAGCAAAUGGAAUCUUAACUUGCAUAAUUCUCUAGUGUAAUAUUAUAGACUUCUGUAUUUUUAUUACAGCGAGUGUAGCUGUUGUAUACCACUUUCUUUGAAACAUCAGCAUUGUGUAGAGGGGGAUUGCUAUUAACUAGUUCCAGACAAAUUAGAUUUUAAUCACUAAGAUCUUCAAGUAUCACUGGUUGGGUUGAAAAAUACAUCUGUCAACACAAAUUCUCUGUCGUCUGCAAUUUGGAAAGAUUAAGCCCCAGAUCUUCUGCUGGUGUAAACGGGUGUAGCUCCUUUGCAGUCAAUGAAGCUCUGCUAAUUACAUCAGAAGGAUUUGGCCCUGAAAAUUUAGAAACUUGUUGAACCCCCUUGUGAAUUUGUAUAGAACAUCUGUAUACAGUAUUUUAUAGUUCGGACAGCUUGUACACAACAGCAAGUUGUUUGGACUAGACUUGCUAAUGUACAACACAUCCUCUUUUGCUAAAAAACCCAAGUUCUUCAUUGUGUUCAGUAACAUGGACAACAGUGCUAUUAAAUUACUGUCUAUGGCAGGUGAAUGUGAAAUAAAAAUGUUUGGAACCCAA